AUGUGCUGCUGCGGCAGUCUUUCAGACGCGAGAACAUAUACCAGGUCCAUCCAGCAGCUCGGGAAGCAACUCGAAUGGCAGAAAAGUUUGAGAGUGCUCGGAGACUUCCGGCAGAGCCGAUGUGACGGUGCGGUACAUGCAUACAGCGCAGGGAUCACUGCAACUGGAGACUGGCAUCGGGCCGUAGAGCUUCUAAGUGAUUUGCAAAACAUCUCCCAGGCAAACGUUGUUACAUUCAGUUCCGCCAUCAGUGGAUGUGAGAAGAUCUCGGCAUGGCAACCAGUGUUGCUUCUGCUGAGACAGGCUCAAGACGCCUUUGUGAAAGCUGAUGUCAUCGUUUUCAACGCGGUCGCAAGCGCCUGCCAAAAAGGAAGCGAUUGGCAACGAGCUGCUCAGCUCUUGGACGUGCUGUUCAGUGAGGCUCUGGAGCCAACCAUAGUCUCACACAGUACCGUCAUAAGCGCGUGGGGGCGCGCAAGCCGGUGGCAAGUGGCUUUGUAUUUGUUGCGGGCAUUGCCUCUGUUUGGCCUAAAGGCGAACAGAGUGGCAUAUGGUGCAACGCUGAGUGCAUGUGAGGCGAGUUCACAUUGGCAAACGGCACUUGGGCUGUUUGCGGAGGUGGGUUCAAAGAGUCUCAAGGUGAACCUGAUUAUUGCGAACACAGUUAUAAGUGCGUGCGAGAAGGCUGCAGAGUGGGAAGCCGCGCUGGUCCUUCUGUCCAACCUUUUGGCUUUGCAGAUGCCGCAGUUGCCGCAGCCUGACGAGAUCAGCUUUAACUCUGCCAUCAGUGCUUGCGAGAAAGCAGGCCAGUGGCAGUGGGCUCUUAAGCUCCUGGAAGAGCUCGACGGGGCCCGACUACGAGCAUCUGUCGUCUCGUGCAGUGCAGCGGCCAGUGCCUGCGAGAAGGGAAGUGCAUGGUUGCAGGCCAUGCUCCUGAUCAGCAGCAGCCAGAGAAGCAAGAUCCAGCUCGAUGUGAUUGCCUACAGCGCGCUGGCAAGUGCUUGCGCACAGGGCGACAGUUGGCAAACGGCCGUUUGCCUAGUAGCCGACCUUCGCCAGAGCGAUGCGCACACGGACUUGGUCACCUGCAAUGCUGUGAUCACUGCCUGUGCAGAGGGCCGCCGUUGGCGGACAGCCACGACAAUGCUGCGAAACUUCCAGAAAGAGCAGCUCCGCAGCGAUGAGGUCUCCGUCUGUGCUGCCAUCACUGCUUGCCAGCAGGAGUGGCCAACAGCCGUGCAUGUGUUGUCUUUGUUUCGAAGCAGCUUGCCGCGCAGCAGAGUCGCCUUCAACGCAGCAGCUGCCGCCGGAGAGAAGGGCAGCUGCUGGCAGCUGGCGCUCCUCUUCGCAAAAGUGGGGCUGCAGAGGCUGACGCCUGAUGCUGUCUCCUACAACGUGGCCAUCAGUGCCUGCCAGAAGCAGGAGCUGUGGCAGUGGGCCAUGCUUUUGCUUCACGAGCUUUGGGACAGCCGGCUUCGGGCCAGCGUCAUUACAUACAGUGUUGCGAUUGGGGCAGCCCACGCUGCCGGACGCUGGGCUUGGGCACUUCACUUCAUGCAGAGGCUCGACCGGGAUGGGGAGGCGCCCAACGUCAUCACUUUCAACGCAGUAUUGAGCACGUGCGCUGGGCAGCAUCGCUGGCAGCGGACCUUGUCCCUCCUCUCCUGCUGUGGACCGCGAGAUGUGGUUACCCACGUGUGGCUGCCAGCCACCGCACAUUUGGCCAAAGAGCGGGCUGUGGUCUGCGGGCAACGACAGCUCAUGUCGCGCAGCGAUGGGUCACCAGAAAGCGGCAACCUUGGUCUGGCAGAGGGCAGAGAGGACACGUGGCUGCUGGCCAAGCCACAUCUUUGGGCCGGCGUCCGGAACCGCAUCCAGGCCGAUGUGGUCUCGCUCACCGCCGCUGGCAGUGCAUGCCUGCGCAACAGACAGUGGCGGUCAUCCCUGCAGCUUCUUGCACAGCUUCGCUCUUCGUCACUUCGUGCAGAUUCCCAUUCCAAGAAUGUCGCGCUGAGCAGCUUGCUGUAUCGCAGGAGGGGCUGGAUAUCCGCUGUGCAGCUUCUGGAAGACGGCAUCGUUGCAGAUGUGGUCUCUUACACCACAGUAAUGCGUGCUCGAGCUUCGGCAAGCCUGUGGCAUCAAUCCGUGGGCACACUCACCCAGAUGGGGGCAUGUAAGCUCGUCUUCAACAACAUAGCGUGCACGAUCGGCCUCUCCGCCUGCCAGGAGGGCCGACGUUGGGAGGUCGCGAUGAACCUGUUGGAGUUCGUGGUCUCCUCAAGGGUGCAGGCUGAUGUUGGCACCCUCACGGCAGCGCUGAGCAAUUUCAAGUCAGAGGUGACUGAUGCCUGGACACGUGCCUUAUCCCUUUACCAUAAGAGUGUUUCCACUGCUCUCCGAGCUGAUGUGGUGUUGUGUUGCGCGGCUAUGAGUGCAUGUCGGGAUCCUUGGCGCUGGAGCUUGCAGUGCUUCGCGCUGCUGCGGCGGCAGCACUUGCAGACCAACGCAGUCGCCUCCGCCACAGCUACGAAGGCCUUCGAGCUCAGUACCCACUGGGCUGCAGCUCUCUCUCUCUCGCUUUCAUCGCUCGCAAGCCACUGUCGGCCCUGUGCUGCAACAGGCCUUGCCGCCUGCAGUGCUUGCGGGCUAGCCUCCUUUUGGGAACACAGCCUCCGCAUUUCCCUCUCUGGAGCUCCGGCAAGGGUCGCUUCCUGUGCCCGAGGAACUGCCUGGCGCUUGGCAUUGUUCGUGGCGGCAGUCCCGGAGCGUCGGCGCGAGGUGGCACGAGUCAGCCUCAAUGCUGCGAUGAGCGCUUUGCGAAGGAUUGAAAUGUGGCAAACUGUCGCGGGGAUGCUGUCCCAGAUGUCGCGCCGGCAGAUCGUCCCUGACACCAUCUCGCACAACUCCGUCAUCUCCGCCAUGCUGCAUGCAUGGGAAUAUGCUUUGGCGAUCCUUCGGGUUUUAGGUGGCUGUGAAGGCUUGGUGAGCUUCAAUGCGGCCUUGCGAAGCAUUGCGCGCGCAGCCCAGUGGCUGCUGGCCAUGCAGCAGGUGCGAACGAUGAGGCGUCGAGCAAGCGCAAUCUCGAGUAUCACCUGGAACUCGGUCGUCUCAGCUUGCGAGAAUGAUGGACAGUGGCCUGUUGCACUACUGCUUCUGCAAAAGAUGCCCGAGCUCAGAGUGCUACUUGAUCUCUUUGGCCGCAACAGUGCAAUCAGCGCGUCUGAGAAAGGCUCACAGUGGGCAAUCGCUUUGCUUCUUUUGAAAGCUUCUGACCUCGGGGUUGAGGCUGACGUCUUCAGCUUUGGUUCUGUGGUGGCGGCGUGCAGGACACCAGAUCUGUGGCAAGUUGCCACCGGUACAUGUCAAGAGAUGCGAGCAGCACAGGUGCAGACUGACGUAGUGGCUUGCAGUGCUGCGCUGAGCGCUUUGGGGAAUGCCGCAAAGUGGAGGCAAGCUGCGCAGCUCUGUGCAAACAGCGAGGCUAUGCAAGAGGAGGACUUACCCUACAACGCAGCAGUGUGGGCCUUUGCACAGGGCGAAAGGCGUACACGGCAGCAGUCGUAG